AUUUUGUCUAUGGCUGUACUCAAGGCUGUACUGCACUGUCUAUGCAUGCUAUGCAUGGUCGGUACGGUCUAGACGACUACACACAUAACUUUAGCCUGCUGUCAGACUCUCUAAUUUUCGGAGGAGUUUUAGGGUUUGUUUAACAGCUUUCCUGCAUCGACGAAAUCGGGGUUGAUUUCAUCAUGGAGCCAGGCCCGACUAGUGGGAGUCAGCUAAACAGGCUACUUAGCGGUGGAGAUGCCUCACAAAUUUUAAAGGACAUGUUGAAUGUUGGAAAACCAAAUCAGUCAAACAACGGGGGAGUUGGAUCUGGAUCCGGAGCAUCGCCACAAAAUGUGUCGGAUUUGUCAUCACAAGCCAACAGAGGUGACCCUGCUGUCAUGAAUGCCAUGCCCAGCCAGUCUGCCAAGAACUUACUACCUGAUGCUACAGCACUAGCAGACAUCAUGCCAAUGGAUAAGAAAGUCCUACAGAGCAUUGUCCUAGAAGGUGAUGAUCGUGGAGGGUCAGUUCCUAUAUAUGGACGUGAGGUUGACAUAACACCCAGCUCAGCAUCAUGUGUUGAUAGCCCUAUCCCAGGUAGCAAUAAGGUAAAGAUUACACCUGUUGUGAACUAUGAAUGGGAGGCCAAAUACUACUUUGGAAACCUAGUAGCCGUCAACAAUACCUUCCUUGUCUAUGUGCUGAGAAUACAAUCUGGUUAUGGCCUGAGGAUUCUCAACAGACGCAGCACAGUCAGGGCCUUGUUGAAAGGAUUUUCUUGCAUCAUCGUUGACAUUGCUUUUGCGUUUCACAACGCGGACAUUCUGGGCUGCGUUGACCAGCGUGGAAAUCUCUCUGUUUGGCACAUCAAGGAAGAAGGCGGUAAAAUAACCUACGAACCAAAGAUCCAGGUGAAACGUAGCUUACAGCCGAGUGACUACCAUCGUAUCGUCUGGUGCCCUUACCUUCCGGAUGAUUUAUCUGACGAGGAGCUAUCUAAUGAGUGGAGCAAUCUCCUUGCCGUCUCACACGGCGAAAAGGCCGAGCUCUGGGACAUUGCAGUAGUUGCUAGUGAGCUAGGCACCAAUGAAAUCCUGUAUGAGCAGGUUUCUAAUGGACUGAUCAGAAUCAACGGCCAUACAAAGGCAAUCACCGACAUGGCAGUGUCUCCCGACGGGUCAGUCUUGGCCAGUGCCAGUAUGGAUGGCACCGUCAGAUUCUGGCAGAUGUAUUGGGAGGUGCCUGAGGACCCACCAAGAUGCCUUCAUCAGUUUGCUCCCCAUGAUGGCGAACCGGUCAUGUCUCUUCUUUUCUGUGAUAAUCACAAGCAACAAGAUGCAAGCUUGCCAUUCUGGCGGUUCCUCAUUACCGGUGCAGAUCGUAACCGAGAGUUGAAGGUUUGGUGCACCGUCCAGUGGACCUGCUUACAGAAGAUCCGCUUUGGAUCCUCCCCAAACGAUAUCCAGCCAUGCCUCAAGGUCAAGCUUGAUCUCAGCGCCAGCUUCCUCAUGGCUACUGACAUCAGGAGGAAGGUUUUGUAUGUAAUCCAGUUAUACCAAGAACAUGAAGAAGGCCGAGCUCAUUUCAGUUCAGUAACAGAAUUCCUGUUGAUGCAACCGAUGCUAAGCUUCGCCAUCGUUGAUGCUGGACGAUGCCGGGCCAAGCAAACCCAAGAGGAGGUUGAAGAUGGAGAGGAGCUCCAACCUGGUGAAUUUGAGGAAGUAUCUCCUGGAGAGGAUGGUGAUAGGGUGGACAACGGUCAAGCAGUUAGUGUCCUAGUCAAGAUGUUCUGUGUCUUUUCAAGGGCAUUACAAGAACUACAGAUUCGUUUCCAGCCGACACCCUCUGUGAAGCAAGAUAUAUUGGCUGGCUCUAUUAAUACAACUACGUCACAUGGAGAUAAUACAUUACUGGAUGGACUCUCUGAUGUGAGCUUCAGUGCCACAGAACGCUCUUUGGGGUCCACUGAUACUGAACAACCUCGCCUGGACACAGCAUCAUUACCUUCACCCCACAGAGAUCCUCAAACACCCUCCGCAGAGACCAGCUCUUUCACCUCCGAGUCUACUCACUCUUCUAGCCAGCCAUACCUCAUGACACCAGAAUCCCUCAUGAACAGCUCCCGCUCACCCACCAAGACUACCACGCCCCAGAACCUGCUCCGAGACAGCACCACCAGCUCAAGUAGCAGUUUCACCCACAUCACGGGCACCAAUGUCUCUGUGGAUGAUCUGUUGAGCUCCUGCGGGACUUCUGAAAUGAACACUCUUGCUGCCACGCCGGACAGCUCUGUGACGCUCACCCCGACGCCAACUGCUUCAAAUCAUGUAUCUCCCCUGGUGGGAAAGCCAUCGCCUGUUGGCGGUGGCCACAUGCCAAAGACAUAUGAACAGAUCAAAGAGGAUGAGGAUGAGGGACCAAAGUCACCACCCCCAUCACCUGUAGGAGGCGACAUCCAGGAUCUUCAGGGUGACCAGUUACUGGAGUCGUCGGAAAAUGUCGCUGAGCUGCUGAAGAAGAGCGCCAGGAUCAAGGAGAAGCGCAUCUCGGACUCGAGCGCAGAAGUGGCUCAGAUCCUUGGUACGAACGUUGAAGAGGAAGAGGCAGAGGAUGAGGAAUUAGAGGAUGAUGUGAUUGAACAAGAGGGGAAUGAUGAAGAAGAUAAUGGACAAAGUUCACCUGUUACCAUGGAUAAAGGGAAAGUGGAUGUUGAUGAUGGUAAAGAGGAGAAUCAAGUUGUUGUGGCACAAGAAACAAAUACACUGGAUGAAAAGAAUACUGAAGGAAUUUUACAGUCUUCAAGAACUGAUGAUGAUGAUGAUGGGUCACAAGCCUCAGCAGCUCACGGUGAGGUGAGAGACGAGAGGGGUAGCACCCAGUUACUCGGAGAACCCGUUGUUCAACAACUGCAAAAUCAGGCUUUAAGAAGUGAAGAUAGUGACCUUCAUCAGAGUGAAUACAGGCAACCACAACACAGCAUUGAUCAAGGAAAAUACCAACAGGAUAUUGGACAGAUCAUGAAUAACUUGGAGCAGAUGAUGUCACUGCUGCAGACCCAGCAGCAGGAGAUCAAGCAUCUAAGACAGGAGAUGAACAAAGCUCAGCUGAGUAACAGUAUCAUACAAUCUACCAAGGCUAGGAUAGACAAGCUUGAGAAGGGGUUGGGCACCAAGCUUGAUACCAUCUUCACCAAGCAAUCGGAACAAGAACGCCAAAGACUCAGCCUUGCUCUGCAGGAGAAGACCAAUCUUGAUAAGCAGAAGCAGGAACGUCUCCUAGAGACAGUCACCCAGACCCUCAAGCAACAGGUCACCAGUAGACUUGACAAGACAGUACGUACAGAGAUUGAGGCCAAGGUCGUACCAGAGCUUAAUAGAGUACUUGUUCCGGUCACCGAACAGCUGAAUACGAGUAUAGGCCAGAAACUGACCGCCACUGACCAGCUCAUGAAGGAGAAUAUUCAAAAACUUGUCAAGUCAAAGGGCGUUGCAGAUACCAUGGGACAGGCUGCAGCGAGCACCCUUUCAACCACCAUUCAGAACACCUACCGAGAAGCUUUCCACAGUACUGUCGUUCCUGCCUUUGAGAGGGCGUGUUCAUCCAUGUUUGAACAGAUUAAUACCAGUUUUGAUGCAGGCACAAGAGAAUAUGUGAAUCAGCUUGAAGCAAAUCUGGCCAAGACGAAGCAGAAACAGAGGGAGGGACAGGAGCCCAUCAUGAAGGAACUGAAAUCAAUGGUUGAAACGCAAAGGACAAGCAUGGAUGAACUCAAAGCAUCUAUCUUCCAGAAUGUACAGGGAGAGAUCUCUGAACAGCUGCAUACAACCACAGAAAAGUUAAAGAGAGACGUGCUGGACAGGGUUCAAGUGAUCGUCCAGGAGGAGAUCGGGACGGCACUCAAGGCUCAUCAGGCAACCCUCCAGCAGGAUAUGAUGGCUGCCAUCAGGUCGCAGGCAGCCACACCCAUACCGCAGGCACAGGACGUACAACACAUACAGGCCAAGAUUAAACAGUUGAUAGAACAGAAGCUCAUCAAUGCAGCUUUCCAACAUGCUCUGAACGCAUCAGACCUUCGAGUGGUGGUGUUCACUUGUAACGAGGUGACCCCUGACACCAUCUUCACUGACGACGGAUGUCUGCUGGAGCAGCCUGUGCUUCUCUCUCUCAUCCAACAGCUUUCUCAGGACUUGGGUUCACAGACCAAGAUCAAGUGCACAUACAUUGAUGAGGCAUUGCUUGCCGUAGACACCACCUUCCCAGUAACAAGAGAACAUCUAUCUGGUAUCAUCACAGAACUCUGUCGUCAGAUCACCAUGGUCCUACAGACACAGCCAAACCAUCCCCAGACUAAGCAGCUCAAGAGGGUCCUCAUGCAGGCCCAGUCCCUCAAAUAGGAUGUAAAACUGUUACUUUAUAGUCCUGUGAAUUAGAAGUUGAGACAAAGUUGUGCAACCCUGCUAUAAAAUGGAUGUUUGAACUAUUGAUUUCAAAAUGGAGUCAUCUGAUACGUGCCUAUCCCCAGACAUAAAUUGUUUUAUCACACCAAUACAUAAAAACAUAUAGCAAGAAAAUUGGAUUUCAAAAGAUUUGUGAUGGUAUAGCUGUAAUGCACAUUUUCCUCUCUGUAUCUGGUAUAUUGCAAAGUGGCUUUAUAUUUUGGACAGACAACACUAACAAUCACACAUAUCUACCUGAUGCAUGCAUCUAAUAUGUGUUUUUUUUUUAAGACUAAUCAUUUAGUUCCAUGCUUAUUUUCUGUUUUUAUCAAAACUGUCACUGAUCUUUAUUUUUAUUAAGGAGACUGAAACCCUUGGAUCAAGUUUGCUUGUAUGAAAACGGAAGAUCAAAGAAUAAGAUCAAUGAAAGUUUGAGAACAAUGGGACAAACAAUAAGAAAGUUAUAAGCACUUGAAUGUCAAAAUCAUGACUGCUAUGGAGAUCCUCCCCUUGGCAAUGCAACCAAGAUUUGUGAUGUCACCCCCUUUUAACACUGAUAAUAUACCUUCAAACAGACAAAUUGCUCAUUUUUAUAUUACAAACCCUUUUUCAAUAAUUUCAUGGAAUCUCUUUAACAUCUCCUGUGAAAAAAAAGCAACCUGUGAUCUGUAGAUGGAAUUCAUGAAUAUUGCAAUUUUAAUUGAAAUAUGUAGAAAAGAAAUUGAGGAUUUGUACAACAAAUUGAAUAUAACUCACAUUGGUCACAUUGCCCUUGGGAGGAUGUCAACAUCAUUAGUGAUGUCAACAUUAAAAUUCUUAUAACUUUCUUAUUGUUUGUUCAUUUUUUUUCUCAAACUUUCGUUGGUGUUUCUUUAAUUUUUUUUCACACAAACUAAUUUGUUCCCAGGGUUUCAUUCUCUUAUAAUGAAAUGUAAGGGAGACAAUGCUGUUGGAGUGAGGCAUGAUUUAUUACGAUCCUAUCUGCAUUUGGGCAAUUUCAUAUAAUACAAACAUCUUACCCUUAUAUGUGGAACAUUCCUGAAUUGUUUCACCUCCACUUGUCAUAUGAAUAGGUUUCAUGCUCUUCAAUCAUCAUGGCUUGACCAGUUCAUGAAAUAAGUAAAUAUUGAGGAAAGUAGGGGUCAGAAAGUAUUAAAAAAAAAAGGUUCAAUAUUUUAGAGAAUUGCCCGUAUGCUUUGCUUCAGGCUUCCACAUAAUACGUAUCUAGUUGUGCCAUUAUCACGUAUCAAAGCAUUGUCCUGCAUUCUUCACAAAGCACUUGAUAAAUCAUGAAAGAGUAUAUGGCAUUGUGUGAUAAUUUUUAUUCAUGCGCUUAGAAGCAAAAAUAUAUAUUUUUAAGCAUGUUUUUUACACCCAUUAAGUAUUUUUAAUCUAUUUUUUUUAAUUCUUUUUUUUUUAUUAUCGGGGCCCAUAUUUAUGAAGCUGAAUAAGUCUAAUCACAUCUAA